AUGUUGGAGAAUAUAGCUCGAAAUUUGAAAUUUAGACUAGAAGAAAUUAAAAACGUUUUCCUAAGUAAAUCACUAAAUAUCGCUGAUAAACUCAGUGAGGCUUCUGAAUAUUUGCUAACUUCAAUAGAGACCUAUUUGGACAUAUUGGAAACGAGCUUUGUGUUUGACUAUGGCAGCGCUUUGGAUCAAGAAAGGAUUAAACAAUGUAAAACUAGCAUACUAGAAAUCCUAAACAAACUUCUGAUUUUGCAAAACAACAAAUCCAAAAAAGUCGUGUAUCGUAAUUUGGAAGAUUUCCAAGGCACAAUUGAGUCACUAAUUGAAGAUGUGCAACCAUGUUGGCCGGACGUAUACAUAUGGGUCACCUCCAUAAAUAAAAAAUUGGGCUACCUUAGAAUACCUGCAAGAAAAAUCGUAUUUUCGCCUAUUGAAGAGGCAAUCGGGGAGGAUUGCGGAAAAGUGCGGCCUAUGCUUUUUCUGAUUGAAGGGAAAUCGGACAUCAUUUGCAAAAUAGAAGGGCUUCUUUGGAUAGGUUUGGAAAAGGAAAAAGACAAAUUCCUCCAAAUGAUACCAAAAGGAUUCAAAUACGAAGGGAAAAUGCUUAAGGCUGUCGAAAGUCACAUCUUUGAAAGUCACGCAUACAUUUUCGGAGGAAGCAUGGAUCCUGGUUUUGAUGCCAGCGGUUUGGCCGAUCCCUUCGUCCAAUGCUGUUUGGGACAAGAAAUGAAAGAGACUUUGAUAAAAUGGAGUGUAUGCGUGCCAAUAUGGGACGAGACCUUGUUCUUCCACAAUUUGGUGUUUUACGGAGCCAAGGAGCAUCUGAAAGAGUACCCUCCAACUUUUUUAGUACAAAUGUUCGACAAGGACCCCAUUCACAGUGUCACCAUAGAACUGAAAGAAAAGAAAAUCGCAGUACCGAUACCGGAUCACAUCAAACCGCUUAUGGAACCUUACAGAAUCGAAGUUCUCUUCUGGGGCGUGAGAAAUUUAAGAAAGGUUCACCUAAUAAGAAUAAACCGACCAAAAAUUAUCUUCCAUUUCGAAAAUAGUACCAUUACUUCUCAAGUUAUCGACAACGCGAAGAAAUUUCCGAAUUUCACCAACAACAUUUGCAGCUUAGACGUUAUUAUACCGAACCAAAGUGAAUACCCUGGCAUGGUGUGGCUCAAACUAUUCGACAGCAGAAAAUUUGGAGUGUACGUUUACUGUGGCAUAAGCCUCGACGAAACGACGCCAUUCUUACUCAAGCUUAUGACAAAAGACGAACGUUUGGCCCUACUUACCGGACUCAAGACAUCAUCGAGUGUUCCAACGUUGAGACAUAAUUCCAUAGAAGAAGUUGAGGUUGAAUCAAAAGAAGUUGAGAUUGAAUUAGAAAUGCCCAGUCCAAAGAAUGAAGUGCCUGAAAAAGUUAAAAAACCAAGUAGGUCAUGGGAAUUUGUUAAAAAGUGCUUGAGAUGUGUUUUGGGUUUCAAAAAAGUGAUAGAAAAGUCUGAUGAGAAAUCAAAAAGCGGUUAUACUUUGCUAGUAGAGGAAGCAGUAGAGAAGGAAGAAGACGAAUCUGAUCACGAUUGGUGGACGAAGUUUUAUGCUUCGGUUGAAAAAGGGCACGAUAACCAAAAUUUGAAUUCUAUACAAACUUUAAAGAUUUACCCAAACGAACUGGAAUGUCAGCCAGAGUUUAAUGGAUUCUCUGAUAUGCUUACCACUUUUGAAAUAUUUAAAGGCAAACAAAUCGGAGAUGAAAUCGUGGAUGAUCAAUUCAUUACUGCCAUCGUCAAAGGAUCAAUUAAAUUCUAUAAAUGGCCUCCAGAAGACGAGGAUAUAGACCAAUACGUAACUCCUCAAGGAAGUUUAGCAAAAGAUGGAGUGUUUAGUAAUAUUCCUGCGAAUACAAACUUAAAUUAUGUGUUGAGAAUUUAUUGCGUAAGAGGAAUCAAUCUAAGACCCAAAGAUCUGAAUGGAAAAUCCGACCCUUAUAUAGAAAUCAAGCUAGACGACAAAUUGCUGAACGACAGAGAAAAUUACAUCCCGCGCGACGUAAAUCCUACAUUUGGCAGGUGUUAUGAAUUCAACUGUUCCUUUCCGCAAACUACUUCGGUUACAAUCAGAGUAAAAGAUUACGAUAUGACAAGCAGGGACGAUUUGAUUGGCGAAACGAAAAUCGACUUGGAAAAUCGGUUUUAUACCAAACACAUCGCUAGCUGUGGCAUACCUAAAUGUUAUCGCACAAAAGGAUACUGUAAAUGGCGUGAUCAAAGGAAACCAUCCAAAAUCCUAAACAAACUAUGCAAAAUUUGGGGCCUAGAAGAUCCCGUAUACCAAGAAAACAGCAUAUCUAUCAACUUUAAAGAAUUCUUUCCAAAAUCUCUUAACCCCGAUCCAGAUAUUAACAAAGAAGUACUAGCGCUAAAAGCAUUACGUCACUGGCAAGAAAUGCCUUUGGUAGGCUUCCAAAUAGUUCCAGAACAUGUUGAAACGAGAUCGCUUUUCACUCCCGAUAAACCUGGCCUGGAGCAAGGGAAACUGCAACUUUGGAUUGAUAUAUUUCCUAAAUUAGACUAUCCAGUUGCACCUAAAGUUGAGAUAACACCCAGGAAACCAGUAUCGUACGAGCUGAGAGUUAUUAUUUGGAAUACUGAAGAUGUCGUCCUGCAAGAGGAUGAUUUAUUUACAGGAGAAAAAAAGUCUGAUAUUUAUGUCAAGGGCUGGCUUCACGAUUCCACCCAGGCCCAGAACACGGACGUUCAUUAUAGAUCGCUAACAGGCGAAGGAAAUUUCAAUUGGCGUUUUAUUUUUAAAUUCGAUUAUCUCGCGACUGAAAGUAAAAUGGUAAUCAAAAAGAAGGAUUCCAUAUUUGCAAGGGAAGAAACUACGCGAAAAAUGCCUUGCAUUUUGAAUUUGAGCGUUUGGGACAACGAUUCGUUUUCUGCUGACGAUUUUAUGGGUACGAUCCAGCUGGAACUAUCGAAAAUGCCCCGCGGAGCCUCAUCGUCCAAACUAUGCACCAUGGAAAUCAUGAAACCUUCAGCGAAAAACAAAAUAAACCUAUUUAAAACUGGCAGAACUAGAGGAUGGUGGCCUUUUUUAGCGAGAUUCGUAAAAGGUUCCAAUCUGGAAAUCGGGGGUAAACUGGAAGCUGAAUUGCAACUGGUUACUGUUGAAGAAGCUCAGAAAAAUAUUGUCGGAGAAGGAAGGCAAGGUCCUGAGGCUUUACCGCCACCAAAGAGACCAGACACGUCAUAUUCAUGGUUCCGCAACCCUCUCAAAUCCUGCAAAUACGUCGUGUGCACCAGAUGGAGAAAACAACUUUGUUGUUGCUGUUUCAUUCUACUUCUUGUACUUUUCGUAGCUUUAGCUGUAUAUGCUUUACCGGGGGCUGUAGUUAAACAAAUGUUGGCUUCAAUAUUUUAA